AAAAAAAAAAAAACCCCAUCUAAUUACUUUCUAAACACUUAAUUCUUUCCCCACACAUAAAUCAACCAUUUGCUUUUUCUACCAUUUUUGACUUCAACCUCUUUAUGUCCACUAGUUUCCAUCACAAAAUCAUUUAAUUUAUUUGACAUAACUAAUAUUUUAGUGCAAACGUCAAACGAAUUCAAAAACAUUGUGGUUCGGUUCUUUCUCAAACUCCGCAUAUACUCAGAGAAUAUAGUUCCAAAAAAAACUCUGCACAAAUGUGUGACAUGAAGAAGGAAAGUUUACUGAACAAAAACAAGGCAAUAGAGAGAACAGUAUCAAAUGCCUACGACGAAUUACGUAGUUUCAGAACAUGGUUGAAAUGGAUGUGUGUUGAUCAAUCCGACACAUUUUCGGCCUGUCUCUCGUGGUUUGUUUUUGUAGUGCUGGCUGUAAUCGUCCCUUGCCUUUCGCAUUUUUUACUGGCAAGGGACAGUUACAAUGACGCUGCACAUAGUCGUCCAUAUGACGACAUUGUGCAGCUAUCACUUAGCUGUGUUGCUGCUUUGUCAUUUGUUUGUCUUUCAAGGUUUGUUAAGAAAUAUGGGCUCAGGAGGUUUUUGUUCCUUGAUAAGCUUUGUGAUGAGAGUGAAACUGUCAGAAAGGGAUACACUGAACAACUCAAUAGCUCACUAAAGAUCCUAUUCAUAUUUGUCCUGCCGUGUUUCGCUGUUGAAUGCGCGUACAAGAUUUGGUGGUACAGCGCAGGUGGUACCCGAAUCCCCUUCUUAGGCAACGUUGUUGUGAGUGACACUGUUGCGUGCAUUCUAGAGCUGAGUUCUUGGCUUUACAGGACGGUCGUGUUCUUCCUAGUCUGUAUACUUUUCCGGUUGAUAUGUUAUCUCCAAAUUCUCCGAUUACAAGACUUUGCUCAGGUCUUUCAUGUAGAUUCUGACGUUGAAUCGGUGUUGAGAGAGCACCUUAGGAUAAGAAGGCAUUUGAGGAUCAUUAGCCAUAGGUACCGGUCUUUUAUCUUGUGGGCAUUGAUGUUCGUUACAGCAAGCCAAUUCGCGUCCCUUCUCAUGACCACACGCUCAACUGCAGAUCUUCACAUCUACAAAAGUGGUGAACUCGCGCUUUGCUCUGUCAGCCUUCUUGCCGGGCUCAUGAUACUGCUGCGAAGCGCGACCAGAAUUACACACAAGGCUCAGUCUGUGACGUGCCUUGCAGCCAAGUGGCACGUAUGUGCAACGAUAGACUCAUUUGAUUCGACUGAGGCUGAGACUCCAAUUACUCGAGCGAUCUCUGACCAAGUUUUUCCUGCAUGUUCCGAAGGAUCAUCCGAUGCUGAUGAUGUCGGAGAUGAAGAAGACGAGUUGGACAAUACGAAAUUCGUCCCUGCAUAUGCGUAUAGCACAAUAUCAUUCCAGAAAAGACAGGCACUAGUGACGUAUUUCGAGAACAACAGAGCUGGAGUAACAAUUUAUGGAUUCAUGCUGGAUAGAAGUUCUAUUCACACCAUAUUUGGUAUAGAAUUGUCACUGGUGCUAUGGUUGCUUGGGAAAACCAUUGGCAUUUCUUGAAUCAUUAGCUGCACAUUACGUUGCUCGGAUUCUCCAAAAUGUUAUCGUACCCGUGUCAGAUCUUCCAAAUAUGCACUACUUUUGAAGAAUCCGGCUCCCACUUGGUGAUAUUUUUGAAGAGUCUGAGCAACAUACACACAAGCCAUUUCCUCCGGUGCUAUCCUCCUGUUCAUUCUUCUUCGUUGUCAUCAUUUUGUUGUGUUGUUCUCUGUUCAUAAGUCCGAACCCCUUCUUAGACGGCGAGCGUGCAUAUCGAUCUAUUCAAUGAUUCAACUUUUGUAUCAUUUCUGAUGCCAUAUUCUUCCUAUUAUUUAGUUUUUGCUUGCUAAAUAACCUAUCACUUAUCAGGAUGAGUUGUAGUUCUGAUACCAAUUUCACUUUAAGAGUUAUUUUGAGGAAA